UGGUAGUACCAAUUAAAAAAUACUCACAUGCUGAUAUUGAGCACAACUUAUUGUUAGUUGAGUGUUUUUUUAGCAAUGAAUGCAAUAGAAUGAAACAGACAUCGAAAAUAUAAGAGAAGAAAACCAUGCAUGAAAUAAUCGAUGAAUCGAAAAGAGAGGGAUUUGCGUCUACUAAUUUUCCGUCAAACUUGAAUCGACAGUCACGGAAAAAUGAUCAGUCUCGAGACUCAACAUUUUAACAUCAAUCGAAUUCUGUUGCUUAUCAUUGGUUUGUGGCCUUAUCAACGGUCGCUUCUAAUCGAACUUCAAUUAAUUUUACUUUUUGGUAUUCUGAUAUCUUUUAUUGUAUUUCAGUUCACAACAUUUAUAACAUCGGAAUGUACUUUGGACCUAAUCUAUAAAGUUUUAUCUUCUGCAUUCUUUUUCAUUUGUUUUGCAAUCAAAUAUAAUUCAUUUUGGAUUAAUGCCGAUAUUUUAAGGAGUUCGCUGAAGCAACUUCAAGAUAUAUAUAACGAAAUAAAGGACAAAAAUGAAAUCGCUAUCAUAGAAAAAUAUGGAAGCAAAGCGAAACGUUUUACAUUUAGAAUUAUAUUACUUGUCAUAGGAUAUCAAUGUACAUUUAUUUUGCUAUAUAUGUGGCCGUACAUUUUGGUUCUAACAAGUAAAUCUCGAUUACGUUCUUCGCCAUAUAUUAUGAUAGAAUAUUUUAUUGAUCAAGAAAAAUAUUCCUAUUUAAUUACACUGCAUAGACAUGCAGCAUGUUUCAUAGGCAUAAUAGCAAUGGCAGCGACAGGAACUAUGCUCCUAGCAUACCUUCAACAUACAUGUGCUUUAUUUAGUAUCGCUUGUUACCGAAUCGAGCAAGCAAUUGGUACGUCACAAAAAAAUGGUUUUGCAAAUGAGCAAAAAAGUUGUAAGGAAAUAAUUCGCGCUGUAAACAUUCAUUGUCACGCUAUGAAGCUUAGUAAUUUUUUAAUAUCCAAUUUUGUGGGAUCAUAUUUUCUCUUGAUAGCGGCUGGCGUGAUUUGCUUAAGUUGUAAUCUUCUUCGGAUUGCGUCAUUUACCGGUAACAUUGGACAACUUCUAUUAUCUAUCAUUCAUUUAAGUAUCCAUUAUAUAUAUUUGUUUCUUGCUAAUUAUAGUGCACAAGAAGUUACGGAUCAUAAUGAAUAUGUGUUUGCCACAGUAUAUAAUGUCCGUUGGUACAUGGCUCCAAUACGUAUACAGAAAAUGAUACAAUUUCUACUACAAAAAGGUACUAAAAGUUUUUAUCUGAUUCUCGGUGGAAUAUUUGUAGCGUCUAUGCAAAAUGCUGCUUCGAUAGCAAGUACUUCCAUAUCGUACUUCACUGUUCUUUAUUCUACCCGGCAAGUUUAAAAGUAUUGUAAAAUCUCAUUUUAUAUACAUAUAAGAUGGACAAAUAUAGACUAAUUGUUCUCUUAAAAUGUAGCAUUAUUAUAGUUUUCAUAAAAA